AUGGGAGAGAAGGGGCGGGGUUUCCAGAAGUCCGGUAAUCUGGUGCAUGGCAGUUGUGUCCUCACUGAACCGUGCUUCAUGCUGAUGGGUUUCUCCAUGGUGUUCUUCCUCUCCCUUAUCAUCAUGGUGAUCUUCUACUGCUUGACCAUGAGAGUGCUUCAGCAGCAUGUUGCCACCUUCUCUACUGAGCGCAGGAACUAUGCUAACACCAAGCAGCCACUGCCUCAGCCCGGCCUCCUGAGUGACGAUCCUUCCUCUCAUUCUAAUUCUCCAAGUAAAGGAGUGCUUCAGCACCUUAGCCCUCCACUAACGGUCCAUGAGCAAACAGGUGCACGAGGUCAGGGGAAAUGGCGUGUGGCACAGGCCAUCCAGAAUGAGCGCAGGGCCUCUCAGGUCUUGGGUGUGGUCUUUUUCCUCUUCCUGGUCAUGUGGUGUCCGUUUUUCGUCACCAACGUGUUGAUUGCCAUGUGCCAGUAUGGAUGCAGUAAAUGCUUGUUCAGACUAAUGAACAUUUUCGUAUGGGUAGGUUACGUUUCUUCUGGAGUCAACCCACUCAUCUACACCCUGUUCAACAAGAACUAUCGCUGUGUCUUCCCCUGUGACCUGCACUGUAGCUAUCAUAAACAGGCUAAAGCUGUGACAAGUAACUCGGCCUGUUAGGUUUAUUCCAUUACACCACACCCUCUGCUGUGUGACAGGAGCUUCACAGACACUAAUGCCAAUGGAGUUUCAGGGUUCAGUGGCUCCAAUCGGGGACACAAACAAGAUGAGAUGCUGAAAGUGAGAUCAGCCUUACCAGUCCCGGCACUGGGACCACUGCAUGACCUGAAACCUGGUGACUGGGUGGUGAUAAAGGACUUCAGAAGGACGAAGUGGAACAAGCCCAGGUGGACGGGACCAUCCCAAGUGCUGCUCACCACACAAUCAGCUGUAAAGGUGGACAACAGAGCCACGUGGGUACACGCCAGCCACUGCAGAAGAGUACCUGAACCAACGGACAAGCAGCACAAGGAGGCUCUGGUACAGGAAGGAGAUUAA